GACUGGACUCCUCCCUGCCAAUGAGCAAUGCAGCUGCCGGGUGCCUGUGGGUCCUCCUCCUCCUCCUAUAUAACGCCUCACUCCCCCUUCGCUCCCACACUUCUACUCCCUGUCUGAAUCCUCCACGUCGUUCGAAGGACAAGCAGACAAGAUGCGUGAAUGUAUCUCAAUGCAUGUGGGCCAAGCCGGAGCCCAGAUGGGCAAUGCAUGCUGGGAGCUGUACUGCCUGGAGCAUGGCAUCCAGCCAGAUGGACAGAUGCCCUCUGAUAAAACCAUUGGAGGAGGAGAUGACUCAUUCAAUACAUUCUUCAGUGAGACGGGAGCCGGCAAGCAUGUUCCUAGAGCCAUCUUUGUUGAUCUGGAACCUACUGUCAUUGAUGAGGUACGUACAGGUAUCUACCGUCAGCUCUUCCACCCAGAACAGUUGAUCACAGGGAAAGAAGAUGCUGCCAACAACUACGCCCGUGGUCACUACACCAUCGGGAAGGAGAUCAUCGAUUUGGUUUUGGACAGGACUCGCAAACUGGCUGAUCAGUGCACCGGUUUGCAAGGUUUCCUCAUCUUUCAUUCUUUUGGUGGAGGCACUGGCUCUGGAUUCACUUCCCUCCUCAUGGAAAGGCUGUCUGUUGAUUAUGGGAAGAAAUCCAAGCUUGAAUUCGCCGUCUACCCAGCACCCCAGGUUUCAACAGCAGUCGUAGAGCCUUACAACUCCAUUCUCACCACUCACACCACCCUGGAGCACUCCGACUGUGCCUUCAUGGUUGACAACGAAGCCAUCUAUGACAUCUGCCGCAGGAACCUCGAUAUUGAAAGGCCAUCCUACACUAACCUGAACAGGCUCAUUGGCCAGAUAGUGUCGUCUAUCACGGCCUCUCUUCGCUUUGACGGAGCCCUGAACGUUGACCUGACAGAGUUCCAGACCAACUUGGUGCCCUACCCUCGUAUCCACUUCCCUCUGGCGACAUAUGCCCCAGUCAUCUCUGCUGAGAAGGCCUACCAUGAGCAACUCUCUGUGGCUGACAUCACCAACGCCUGCUUCGAGCCAGCCAAUCAGAUGGUGAAGUGUGACCCCCGUCAUGGUAAAUACAUGGCCUGCUGUCUGCUGUACCGUGGGGAUGUGGUGCCCAAAGACGUCAACUCCGCUAUCGCCGCCAUCAAGACUAAACGCACCAUCCAGUUUGUGGACUGGUGUCCCACGGGCUUCAAGGUGGGCAUCAACUACCAGCCUCCAACAGUGGUUCCUGGAGGAGAUCUGGCCAAAGUGCAGAGAGCGGUGUGCAUGCUGAGCAACACCACAGCCAUCGCUGAGGCCUGGGCUCGUUUGGACCACAAGUUUGACCUGAUGUAUGCCAAGAGGGCCUUUGUGCAUUGGUAUGUGGGAGAGGGAAUGGAGGAGGGAGAGUUCUCUGAGGCCAGGGAAGAUAUGGCCGCCCUGGAGAAGGAUUAUGAAGAGGUGGGCACUGACAGCGUUGGGGAGGAUGAAGAAGAAGGAGAGGAGUAUUGAGAAGUUUCAAAGGCUUUGCCACGGCACAUUCCAAAAGUUAUCAGUGACGUCAACCAUUCCCUACAAGCUGUGGUGGUGAUAUGUCAGUUCAGUAUUAAUAAAAGAUAUCAAAC